UUUGCUUGGCCUAGGAGGACAGACUUCAGAGCAGAGGGUGGAAAUUGCAGUAAGGCAGAUUUAAUAAUGAUGUUAGGAAGGGAAUUCAAAUUAUCCCAAAGUGGAAUGUCCUGUUUUAAGGCUAAGGAAACUCUUCCUACAGGAUGAAAUAGGGAGAAGAAUAUAGUUUUCCUUGAAUGGAGAGCAGUGUAUCAUUGGUUUCCAACAUGCAAGAGACUUCCCAUUUGUCAUUGGAGAAAUGUAACAGUCCAGCCAAUGGUAAUAAUGAAUAUGAUUCAGAUGAAGGUUCAAGCAUGGAAGAUCCCGACUUUAAUUGGGGUGAAUAUUUGGAAGAAACAGGUGCAAUUGCUGCCCCUCAUACGUCAUUCAAACAUGUGGAAAUCAGCCUUCAGAGCAGCUUUCAGCCUGGGAUGAAAUUAGAAGUGGCUAACAAGAACAAUCCAGACACAUAUUGGGUGGCUACCAUCAUAACCACAUGCGGACAGCUCCUGCUGCUACGUUACUGUGGCUACGGAGAGGAUCGAAAGGCUGAUUUCUGGUGCGAUGUGAUGACGGCUGAUCUUCAUCCCGUGGGAUGGUGUACUCAAAACAACAAGGUGUUGAUGCCACCAGAUGCCAUCAAAGAGAAGUACACAGACUGGACGGAUUUUCUUAUACAUGAUUUGACUGGCUCUCGAACAGCACCCGCCAAUUUACUGGAAGGUCCUCUGCGAGGGAAAAACCCUGUAGACCUCAUUACAGUUGAUUCCUUAAUAGAACUUCAGGAUUCUCAGAACCCCUUUCAGUACUGGAUAGUUAGUGUGAUUGAAAAUGUUGGAGGAAGAUUACGCCUUCGCUAUGUGGGAUUGGAGGAGACUGAAUCCUAUGACCAGUGGUUGUUUUACUUGGAUUACAGACUUCGACCAGUCGGUUGGUGUCAAGAGAAUAAAUACAGAAUGGAUCCACCUUCAGAAAUCUAUUCUUUGAAGACAACAUCUGAAUGGAAAUGUGCUCUGGAAAAAUCCCUUAAUGAUGCUGCAAAAUUUCCUCUUCCGAUGGAAGUGUUCAAGGAUCAUGCGGAUUUACGAAGCCAUUUCUUCACAGUUGGGAUGAAACUGGAGGCAGUGGAUAUGAGCGAGCCCUUUAAUAUCUGUCCUGCAUCAGUGACUAAGGUUUUUAACAAUCAUUAUUUGCAAGUGACUAUUGAUGACUUGAGACCAGAAGCUAAAAAAAUCUCAAUGCUGUGCCAUGCAGAUUCCUUAGGGAUUUUACCUGUACAGUGGUGCCUUAAAAAUGGAGUCAACCUCACACCACCCAAGGGUUAUGCUGGCCAGGACUUUGACUGGGCAGAUUAUCAGAAACAGCAUGGUGCCGAGGCUGCGCCUCAUUUCUGUUUCAGAAAUACAUCAUUCAGCCGUGGUUUUACAAAGAACAUGAAGCUUGAAGUUGUAAACCCCAGGAACCCCGGGGAACUCUGUGUGGCCUCUAUCAUCAGUGUGAAAGGAAGGUUGAUGUGGCUUCACCUGGAAGGCUUGCAGCCUCCUGUUCCAGAGUACAUUGUUGAUGUAGAGUCUAUGGACAUCUUCCCAGUUGGCUGGUGUGAAGCAAAUGCUUAUCCCUUAACUCCACCACACAAAGCAGUUUUACAAAAGAAGAGAAAGAUUGCGGUCGUACAACCAGAAAAACAAUUGCCAUCCACAGUGCCUGUUGAGAAAAUACCUCAUGACCUUUGUUCAUUUCCUCAGCCAGAUACAACAGGUACUGUCAAUGGGAAAUACUGCUGCCCUCAGCUUUUCAUCAACCAUCGUUGUUUCUCAGGCCCUUACCUGAACAAAGGAAGAAUCGCAGAGCUACCUCAAUCUGUUGGACCUGGCAAAUGUGUGCUGGUUCUUAAAGAGGUUCUUAGCAUGGUAAUUAAUGCAGCUUACAAGCCCGGAAGGGUAUUGAGGGAACUACAGCUUGUGGAAGACCCACAGUGGAAUUUCCAAGAGGAGACCCUGAAAGCAAAGUACAGAGGUAAAACAUAUAGGGCAGUUGUCAAGAUUGUACGAACAUCUGACCAAGUAGCAGAUUUCUGCAAGAGAGUUUGUGCCAAGCUGGAAUGCUGUCCAAAUCUGUUUAGUCCUGUUCUGGUUACAGAAAUCUGCCCAGAAAACUGUUCCAUCCACACCAAAACCAAAUACACUUAUUAUUAUGGAAAGAGAAGGAAGAUUGUUAAACCCCCAAUUGGAGAAAACAAUACUGAAGUUGGGCCCCCUAAGCCAACUAGACGGAGGAAACGAAGGAAAUCCAUUUUUGUGCAGAAGAAAAGGCGAUCAUCUACAGUAGACUUUGCGGCAGGAUCGGCAGAGGAAAGUGAAGAAGAGGAUGCAGAUGCCAUGGAAGAGGACACGGGGAGUGAGGAAACCAGCUCGGAGCUUCGGGAUGACCAGACUGACACUUCCUCAGCAGAAGUCCCCUCUGCCCGUCCCAGGAGAGCCGUCACGUUACGCAGCAGCACAGAAUUAGACAGACCGCCUCCUGUGGAAAGAGCUAGGAGGAGCCGGAAAGCACAGACGUUCUCCUGUGCUGAAGGAGAUAAAUGCCCCCAGGUCAAACAGGAGAGGACAGAGGAAGUAAAACACGAAGAGGAAGAAAAGCUUGUUCUGGAGAGUAACCCAUUGGAAUGGACGGUGACAGAUGUUGUGAGGUUUAUUAAACUGACAGAUUGUGCUCCUUUGGCCAAAAUAUUUCAGGAACAGGAUAUUGACGGCCAAGCCCUUCUACUGUUGACGCUUCCCACAGUACAGGAGUGCAUGGAGCUGAAGCUGGGGCCUGCCAUCAAGCUUUGCCAUCAGAUUGAAAGAGUUAAAGUUGCAUUCUAUGCACAAUAUGCCAACUAACUUCAGCCCUUCCUGUCUCGGAGGAUUUCUGCAUGGGGGAUGGGCCAUUUGGGGACAGGCUUUUUUUCUGCCUGCAGAAGUGUGAAACUAAAGCACUAAGAAAAAUCUCAGUGUGAGAAAAACGCAGACUUCUCCACCAACCUCCAGCCCCGUCCCCGACAUUUAUUUAAUAUGUCUCUGUUUUUAAAGCACACUGAAGUACCACAGCAACUGCUUGCUAAGAGCAUAACUUGCUGUUUUCUAUUGUGGCAUCCCAUGAUAUAGCAAAAAUUUGUGGGACCUCGCUCCCCUUUUCCCACUAAACCCACAGCACCUUCUGAUUGAGGUUUCCUACUCCUUUCGAGACAAAGGUUAGGAGUCAGUGGUGUGUUUGUUCUGCAGUUAUGUGGGAUAUUUAUCAGGCAAUUAAAAAAAAAUUAAGAGCUACAAAUAAGCCUCCAGCAAAUUUGUCCACACUUCUUUCAUAUUGAAAUGUGUGUGAUCACAUUUUCAAAUGACUUUUGCUGUUGCAAUUUGAUCCUAGUGAUCAACACAUUUCUGUCACAUUUAUGGCAUGAGUGUUGAUAGAUAUAUAUUAAAGCAGGAUAUCAUUUUGAAAAAGCCCAACUAAUCCUCUAGUUUUGUCAGCGCACUCAGAAAAAGUGAGCGUGGGAAAGGAGAACUGUAAUCUAGAAAAAGUCUGCCGAGACAGCAGUGUUCAGAACUCUUAGUGAAAUAAAGCUUUGUCCCUUUAAUUUGUUUAUAACCAGAUCAGGAAGGGAGUUCUUGUAAUUUUCCUAAGGAAGUUGAACUAUAGGACAACAUGUUGAAAGGAAUUACUUAAGCAUCACAAAACAAGGAAAUGGAACAUGUCAGAUGAGGUGUUAUUUGAGACUUCUGUCAUAGACAAGCUGAAAUUCCUUGGGGCGGAGUUCCAAAAUGUGUUACCUAUCAGCUUGACUUGGCUUCGUUUGGGUUUAAGUAGCCCAGAUUUCACAGAUCACUUCAACAGGAUGAAUGGGAGAUCUAACAAGGAUUACUGUGAACUGAAGACCCUCUGCUCUCAAAUCAUUUGCUGUCCGUUCUCUUAAUGGCAUUAUCCGGGUAGACAAAACUGGACUUCCCCUAGUAACACAGUAGCCGCCUCCAUCCAGAUCCCCAACCUGACCAAUAUGGAACAUUUUCCAGGUAUUAAGUAUUAAGGAAAUAGACCACCUAUCGACCUCUGUGUGGCUCCAGGAUAAGAGUACUCUUGGACUAAAAGAAUCAUCCAUGAGAUCCAAUCAAUAACUCAAGCAUUCAUCAAGACAUGGAAGUUUCUUAAAGAAUUAUUAUAACCUGUUGUGAGUUUUAAUCCACCAUUUAAAAUAUAUCUAUUUUUUAAAUUGGUGACAAGUCCUAAAUUAUUCAAAAGCUGAGCUCCACAAUUGUUUCACAUCUGCAGUUACUGCCUUAUCUAAAAUAACUAUUUUGAUCUUUCCCCACUCAAAAUUUGGUUUCAGCAUUGACAGUGUAUAAACCUAUGACCUGAGCUCACUCCUGUAUACAUCAUGGAAAUAUUUCAUUUGUUAAACUUUCUCUGACAAGUCAGAUUAGAAAUGCUGACCCUUAUUCAGCAUUUGGGACUGGUGUAGACAAUAGUGAGAAGUUACACAUAUAUCUUCUGCUAUUGAGAUGUGUUUGUUUCAGCCUAAAGCUACUGUUUACAGCCACGUCAUAAACAUUUAAUGAAUGGACUUUUGUGUAGAGAACCCUGAUGGAGCAUCAUGUAGAACAAUGCUUGUUGACAUCAUUGUAAUGCUAGAAAAAUGCCUUGUGUUUCAUCAUUGGUUUGUAGUAGAGUUUUACUGAAUUCUCCAAGCUACUUUGGUUACACUUUGGGUCUCCUAGCCCUGUGUCCUCAUUUACCUUGGCUCAAAAUACUGUAUCCCGAAGUUAAACGUUACUGAGAGACGUCAAGAAUUCUGGCCUUUUCUUGGUGGACAUUUCUUUAUGAUCUUUUUCUCUGUGGCCUUUUCAAACUAUGCUAUUUUUGUUUCAUUUAAACUGAUAUGAAGAAAUGAGCCAACCGCACUGCAACAUUUUAUUUGUAUUGAUAUCAACUUCUCCUGCCCUUUUCAGGAAGUAGAGGGGAAUUGGAGAGGGAAGGGUGAGACAUCAUCAUGACCAACAGGUGUGUUAAUGAAGCCCAUAAAUCAAAGUGGGACUGGUCUCUGGAUGAUCAGCCUUGGUUUGGAUUCAUGGAACUAAAUGCCUGUUGUUUUCCUUAUCUUUAUCACUUACUUUCUCACUAUUUUCUCUCUGCCAAACAAGACAAGAAUGGGGUGAGUGUAGUAUUGACUCAACCUUUUUGUGCAUGUAGGAGGAGGAGAUGGACACAGUCUCAGUCAAGCCUAUGACUGGUUCAAUUAGAGUGUCUUCCAUUGUGACAAUCCUCAGAGUUCUUGGAAAAAAAAUGAACUCAUUUUAGGACCACAAUGUUCAAAUAAAAUAAGUGAGGGAUAGCAGAAGCUUUCCUCCCUUUAGUUUGUAAUGCUUAAUGUAUAGCAGUGACCCACAUCUCAAUAUAGUUGCUAAUAUCUUCCAGAACUUUUGAUUCUUAAAUUCAGUAUAUACACUCUAAUUUCCCCAAAUUAGAACAACUAACAUGACUCACCCCCCCAAAAAAAACCACAUACACAAAAACCUCUUUAGAUAUGUAGUUUUCCCCCAUUUCUAUUAAAGUAAUAAAAGUUUCUGAAGACCAGUUAAAUUUUUCCUCUAUACCACUGCUAAUUAGGGCAGGAAAACUUGUUUUCCCCUUUGGCAGGGCAAUGAGGGUUAAGUGUAUGAGGUCGGAUUUGAAUUCAGGUCUUCCUGAAUCCGGGGCCAGUGCUUUAUCCACUGUGCCACCUAGCUGCCCCCAGGAAAACUCUUAAGACCACCAUCAUCACCAUUCUGAACCUCUCCCAAACCUCUAACUGCAAUCUCUUUUUGCCCCUUUCAAGCUAAUAGCUACAGUCUCUUUUUAUUCAACUUUUCUCCAGAGUGCUUUGUCAUAGCUCCUCCAUAUCAUUUCUUCCCAGUUCCCUAUAUGUCAUUUGCCUUCCCUUAAAAAUAUUUGUGAGACUAGAUUCCCCCCAAAUACUUUGGUUCUAUGUACGUUAUGCAACUCACUACCCUUAAAACUUGACUUAAUUCCUCUUGUCCCAUAUAGAAACAGUCUUUGCAAUUGUGCAAUUUGGCACCCACCCCCAAAAAGUCACACUAUGUUGCUAUAUCCCAUCAGAAGGAUAGUAAUUUCCUCUCCUGUUCCCUAAUAUGUAUCAUAUAUAUGAUAUAUAUGUGUGUAUAUUUAUAUAUAUAUAUAUAUAUGUGUGUGUGUGUGUGUGUGUGUAUACACACACACAUACAUAUAUAUCCUUACUAAAGAUGGGGACUAUAGCUGUACAAAGGAAAAAUGAAGGGAAACAUAAUUUUUAAAAAGUAAAUAAUGGGAAUAAUAUCAUCAUAGUAAAAGAUUCACUAAUUUUCCUUUACAGAAUUAAGUUCCCAUAGCAUAUUAAAACAUGAUGUGAGUUAGCAAAACUUAAUGUAGACAUAAAGUUUAAAAUUUAAUGGUUUUCAUUGCCCCACCACCCCUAUCCAUUUCCACCCCACCUCCCCACCCCUGGCCCUUGGACUACACUAGAAAACUUUAAUUCUUAGUUGUUCCUCAGUAAAUUAUAAUGAUUCAAGCCCAUCAUGCAGGCUAAUACUUACCUUUAGGAAAUGAAUCAUUUUCUGCCCAUCAAAGAUUGACUAGAAUUUCCUAAUCUUCCUCUUAGAGCUAAGAAGGUUAAGUCAGGCAGAACACUGAGAAUUGCCUUUAUAUCUUGUAGCAAAUACCCCAUUCUAAGAUAUUUCUCCUUAAGCUGCCAUAUUUUGGAAGCACUAGGGGGCUUUCAUACUUUCUUAAAAAAUAAGAAGAGUUUAUAAUUGUGUCUGUAUAACUGAAAAUGAAAAAAAAAGUUUUAAAAACAACUUUGCUGUAAUUUGGAUCAUCAGAGUCACUUUUUGACAAAGAUCAUGAGACUCGAUUUUUUCCAUUUUUAGAAAACACAGAUAUUCGAAGGGACUCGAUAGAGUAAGACAUUCAUAGUUUCUACAGAAGAAAACUUUGGAGAAACAGAUAUUCUUAUUUUCUCUUUGGUGCAAUAAUAAUUCAGAAGCAAAUGAAAAUUAUAGAAAAGUAGCUACAAUGAUAACAGUGAUAAUGUUCUACUAGGAAUGUGCAAUUUUUCUUAUAAGAAAACAUGCACAAAAUUAAUCUGUGUUACCCUCCCUUUAAAUUAAAUUUGGUGUGGUUAAAUUCUGCAGACCAUAUAUUUUCCCAUUUUCAAUCAUCAGAGUCAUAGUAUGCCAUGUGUCCAUUAAAUAUUUUGGUUUGAAUCCUAAUUGGUCUGGUUCAAACCUCUUACUUUACCCAGACAUCUUUCUAUCACACUAAAAAUGCCAACACAUGAUGCUUCUUUCAGUUCUGGCCAAGUUUUCUCACAUUUGUUCCAUUAUUUUAAAUUAUACUUAGUAUGAUUUCCCAAGUUAUCUCCAUUUAAUUUUUUAAACUAUCAGUGAAAAUGGUUAAGGUCAGAUAACAAUGAGAAUGUAAGCAGUGCCAAACCUUAACCAGGAAUUACAGUGGUCCCGUGUGGGUAGGAAUGAUGUAUUGAAGAAAAAAUAAAAUUGUAGGAUGACAAUCUUUUGCUAAAAACUGAUAAUAAUAAUAAUUUGUAUGCUGGGAAAUUGAGACAAAUGAAAAAUGACAAAAAAAUUUCUCUCAUUUAUUGUCCAAAAAUGGGAAAUAGCAUGAUGUUUAGAAGCAUAAACUCUUUCUAGUGGCGAAUGUUGAAAGCCCUUUUGCUGUUUUGCAUUCCAGUUUGAAUAGUUUGUAUUGAAAUUUGAUUCAUAUGUUGUGUACUUUUUGGUGUGUAAAAGAAAAUUGAUGGUGUUUUUACUUUUGAAAUUUGCAGGACAAAGGGCAUGUUGUUAGUUUGCUGUAAGAUUGUAUUCUGUAUAUAUGUUUUCAUGUAAAUAAAUGAAAAUCUAUAUUCAGAGUUAUAUUUUAAUUUUUAUUCUAAAUGAAAAAGAAAUCCCCUUUUUACUUGAAAAAUUGUAAGCCACAUUGUUAAUAAAGUAAUA